AAAUGUCGACAUAGGAGAUCGAGAACUACGACGAAGUGACGUUUAGUUGCUGGUGUCGUGGUAAGGUGCAGGUAUAGGUUAGGGCAAAGUAGCAACGGUUUCGUUUAGAAAGGACGAAAAUGUUCUUAAAAAAUUAAGCGGUAAAUGCCGCUAUUAGGCGUGAUAAGCAUUUUAUUCAGUAUGGUGCAACGUCCAGUAGCGCCUAGGCGCAACGUCAGAAUUCUGUUGAUCGGUGAUCGUGGAGUCGGUAAGACUUCUCUGAUAUUGUCAUUAGUGAGCGAGGAGUACGCGGAGGAUGUACCCUGCAAGGCAGAGGAAAUCACAAUACCGGCUGAUGUCACUCCUGAACAAGUGCCCACGCACAUUGUUGAUUAUUCAGCUGCGGAGCAAAGUGAAGAUCAGUUGAGCGAUGAGAUUCAAAAGGCACAUGUAAUUUGUGUAGUAUAUUCUGUGGUUGAUGAAGAUACGUUGGAUAAAGCAGCUAGUUACUGGUUACCGUUGAUCAGACGAUGUUCAUCCAACAAUCGUUGUCCGGUGGUUCUUGUAGGGAACAAGAUCGACCUGGUUGAUUAUUCUACCAUCGAGGCUGUAUACCCUAUAAUGAAAGAAUUCACUGAAAUUGAAAGCUGUAUUGAGUGUUCUGCCAAAACAUUACAAAAUGUUUCGGAAACAUUUUAUUAUGCACAAAAAGCUGUUUUACAUCCUACUACUCCAUUAUACAAUUAUGAUACUCAAGAGCUUACAGAAGAAUGUAAAAUUGCACUCCGAAGAAUUUUUAAGAUUUGUGAUUUGGAUAAUGAUGGUUUGUUAAACGACAUGGAAUUAAAUGCAUUUCAACAAUGGUGCUUCAACACUCCAUUGCAACCACAGGUUCUGGAAGAUGUAAAAGCUGUCUUGUCAAAAAAUAUUCAAGAUGGCAUUUGUAAUGGAUGUGUUACUAUGAAAGGUUUUAUGUAUUUACAAUGUUUAUUUAUACAACGGGGAAGAAAUGAAACAACUUGGGCUGUGUUGAGAAAAUUUGGUUAUGAUAAUGAGUUACAAAUGUCUAAAGAAUAUAUAAAUCCACCGCUUAAGGUUCCUGUUGGUUGUACGACUGAAUUAUCACACAAAGGUCAAGAAUUUUUAACCUUGUUAUUCAUGCAACAUGACCGAGAUCGGGACGGUGCUCUUUCGCCAUCUGAAAUGGAAUCAUUGUUUUCACGAUGUCUAACUGCACCCUGGGGAGAAGAAUAUAAAUAUACUGUACCAACUAAUGAAAAGGGGUGGAUGACGUUUCAAGGAUACAUGUGUCAAUGGGCAUUGUUAACUCUUACUAAUGUGCGGAAAACUCUAGAAUAUUUGGCAUAUUUAGGAUAUAACAUGUAUAAUAACGAAUGUCAAACAAACGCAGUUGUAGUUACUCGUGAGAAAAAGUUGGAUUUGGCAAAGAAACAAUCGAGUAGGAACGUUUAUAGUUGUCACGUGAUUGGUCCGAAAAGCAGUGGAAAAACAACAUUAUGUAGAACAUUUGUUGACCCUAAACUCGAGAAGUUAACUGAUGAAGUGGUACCGUCAAGUUCACACGUAACCGUAAACACGGUUCACGUGUAUGGUCAAGAAAAGACAAUAAUUUUGCGGGACAUAAACAUACUUAAUGUUCAAGAUGCUUUAACUCCAGCACAAAUACAAUGUGAUGCGGCAGCUCUCGUUUACGAUGCUAGCAAUCCUAAGUCAUUUGAAUACAUCGCACGAAUUUAUAUUAAAUAUUUUGCGGACAGUAAGAUCCCCGUUCUCAUAAUAGCAAAUAAAAGUGAUCUUUCUGAAGUAAAACAAGAAUAUUUACUGCAACCAGUAAGUUUUUGCAAUAAGUACAAACUGAUGCCGCCACAACCUUACAGCAUCUCUCGCACAGUACGUCGGGAAAUCUUCGUUAAAUUAGCAACGAUGGCAGCUUUCCCCCGCUUUCAAGGAGCAUGGGUAUUAUUUUACAGAGACAGUCCUUUGAGGCGUAUGGUCCAAAUGUUGCUUGUGAAACCCUCACCUACUCAAUGGUGGAGUUCUUUUACAAGACAUAUAAACCAAUUUGGACUAAUGCAAGGGGACUCCAUUGUCUGGUGGAAGGCAGGUCUUGGAAUUGCAGUUGCUACUGUUGCUGGUUUUGUGGUGAUGCGUGUAUUAAAUACGGAGAAAAGAUAGUCUACCAUAUUUCUUUUCUUGCACAUUUAACUGCCUCUUUUGGUGAAGUAUAAAACCGUCUUUGGAAAACGCGUUAAGUUAAUAAACUAUGUUCUUAAAUCAUUAAUUCCUUAUCCUUGACUGGUUUAUAAUUAAAGAGAGAUUUUUUUGUUUAUCGUUCUACUA